GGUAGAUUAUCAAGUCAGGACAACACUGAAACAAAAUAAGCCCGAGAUGUUGUCAAUCAAGAGUCAAAAACCAACUUCUUCGCAAAAACAAUCUGAAGAGAUUGGCAGUAACUUUAUGUUAAAAGAAUUUGUUUUAAGUUUAGGCAUUGACAUAAACAGUAUGAGUUUAGAUGGAACGGCUCCUUUACAUCUUUAUGCGGAGACGAACAAUCUAUUGUUGGGGGCACUGUCAUUACACGGAGGAGCAGACGUUAAUGUCAAAACAAAAUUUAAUAAUGGUAUAGGAUACUGUCCAGGAUACACUUCUUUAUACAUCAGCGCUGAAAAGGGUCACAAAGAGUUUGUUGAACUUCUGAUGAAAUGGAAACCAAAUGUUAAUGAAACUAAUGGUAUUGAUCAGAAUACAGCUUUACAUGCGUGUGUUGGCUUUGAGUAUGAAUAUAAUGAUAUAGCCGUUAUUCUGCUAGAUGAAGGUGCUGAUGUAAAUCUGGCUAACAGAGAAGGUAAAACAGCUUUACAUCUUGCUGCUUAUCAUGGAAGUAUGAAACUCGUCAAAUUGCUUAUACAAAGAGGCGCGGAAAUAAAUAGUGUUGAUGAAAAUAAGCAAACUGCCUUACACUACUGCGCACACAAUGGAAGAGACGACAUUGUAGAUCUAUUAUUGGAAGCUGGAGCCUCAGCAAAUAUAAAAGAUAACGAAGGAAAACUAGCGUUACACAACGCUGUCGAAUACGAACAUUCCGAAGCUAUUUUAAAGCUGGUAAAGUUUACAGAAAUCGAUACAGAAGACAACGAUGGUAAAACAGCUUUGCACUACAGCGUACUAACACCAUUAUAUAGAGAUCCAUUAUACCAUAAUAGCGUCGUGUUGACUGAAACUCUGCUUAAAGCGAAGGCUAAAGCGAGCAUCAGAGACAAAGAAGGCAGAACAGUUUUACACUACGCUGCUAUACAAGGGCGCAAUGAUACAGUAUUAACACUGUUGAAAUAUAGAGAAGUUAUUGCCACGGUAGACAACUCCAACAGAACAGCUUUACACACAGUUCUUGGAACGGUCACACGGAAGUCGUGA